CGGCCGGAGGCGCACGGGACUCGGCCUGGGCUGGGAGUGCGAGGCGAGAGGGUUAGUCUGUCCGCUCUCUGGAAGAAUGAGCCUGCCGCUUCUUCCCGAGCUGUUGGUUGCGUUCCUCUCGCCCGAGGCGCUGCCGGGGACGACUUACCGUCGAGAGGAGAGAGGCUAAAGUCUCCAGUGAAUAUUGAAUUGCUGAGGAAUUUGGAAAAAGACAAGCUGAAGUUCCCAUUCCAUGGAUCCCUUGGGGGCACCUUCCCAGUUUGUGGAUGUGGAUACGCUACCAAGCUGGAGCAACUCAUGUGAAGAUGAAUUAGAUGCUUCUGAUGCUGCAGCUGAAACAUUUCAGGAAGACACUAUUAGAUCACCUUUUCUUUAUAAUAAGGACAUCAACAGAAAAGUGGUUCUUUGGAAAGGAGAUGUGGCAUUACUGAACUGUACAGCCAUUGUAAAUACCAGCAAUGAAAGUCUUACAGAUAAGAAUCCUGUGUCAGAAAGUAUCUUCAUGCUUGCAGGGCCUGAUUUGAAGGAGGACCUCCAGAAACUUAAAGGUUGCCGGACAGGUGAAGCAAAAUUGACGAAAGGAUUUAAUCUAGCUGCUCGGUUCAUCAUUCACACAGUGGGACCCAAAUAUAAGAGCCGCUAUCGCACAGCAGCUGAGAGUUCCCUGUACAGCUGCUACAGAAACGUACUUCAGCUGGCAAAAGAGCAAUCAAUGUCUUCUAUUGGAUUCUGUGUCAUCAAUUCUGCAAAACGAGGUUAUCCUUUAGAGGAUGCAACGCACAUAGCACUUCGCACUGUAAGGAGAUUCCUAGAGAUUCAUGGGGAGACCAUUGAAAAAGUAGUAUUUGCUGUCUCUGAACUUGAAGAGGCUACUUACCAAAAGCUGCUACCUCUGUACUUCCCGAGAUCAUUAAAAGAGGAGAGUCGAUCAUUGCCAUACCUACCUGCAGAUAUUGGAAAUGCAGAAGGGGAGCCUGUGGUACCUGAACGACAGAUUAGAAUAAGUGAAAAGCCUGGUGCUCCGGAGGACCACCAUGAAGAGGAUGAAGGCUUGGGUGUUGAUCUCUCUUUCAUUGGCUCUCAUGCUUUUGCUCGAAUGGAAGGAGAUAUUGAUAAGCAAAGAAGACUGAUCCUUCAGGGGCAGUUAUCAGAGGCAGCCCUGCAGAAGCAGCAUCAAAGAAAUUAUAAUCGCUGGUUAUGUCAAGCAAGAUCUGAGGAUCUGUCUGAUAUUGCUUCUCUAAAAGCCUUAUACCAAACAGGUGUCGAUAACUGUGGUCGCACAGUGAUGGUGGUAGUUGGAAGAAACAUUCCUGUAACGUUAAUAGAUAUGGACAAGGCUCUCUUAUAUUUUAUCCAUGUAAUGGAUCACAUUGCUGUGAAGGAAUAUGUAUUAGUAUAUUUUCAUACACUGACCAGCGAAUACAAUCACCUGGACUCUGACUUCCUGAAGAAACUCUACGACGUUGUUGAUGUCAAGUACAAGAGGAAUUUGAAGGCUGUUUAUUUUGUUCAUCCAACAUUUCGUUCAAAGGUAUCAACAUGGUUUUUUACCACCUUUUCUGUCUCAGGACUGAAGGACAAAAUCCACCAUGUGGACAGCCUCCACCAGCUGUUUUCUGCCAUAUCACCAGAACAGAUUGACUUUCCUCCUUUUGUCCUUGAAUAUGAUGCCAGGGAAAAUGGGCCUUACUAUACAUCUUACCCCCCAUCACCAGAUUUGUGACCUGCCAUCUUUCAGUGCUACUGGUUUCCAAGGACAUCACUGUCUCCACGAAUCACUACCUAUUGAAGUGAUAUUCAUUUUUGCUGUACAGAUCCAGAGAGCCUUUUGUCCCCACCUCUCUGGUAUUUUUUUAUUGACUGUAUAUUUUCUGGCAUAUAAGCAAUCUGAAAAUGGUAGGCCAUUCUGAACUGCACAUUUAUUUUAAAUUUGUAUAUUUGUAUCAAAUGAAAAUGUUCGUUUUUAGAGAGUUGUUAAUAGAAAUUGGGGAGCAACUUUUGAGUAUCUUCAGUUUCCUCAAAGGACACUGAAUUUUCCAUUAGAUGAGCCACCAAUGUCGUUCACAUCAUCUCUUUAACAUUGCACGCUUCCUUUGUGUACUUAAGUAUUUCUCAAAAUAUAUAGAACCAAUGUAUGCUUACUGGAUGCAUUGUUUGCUUCAGAUCCUGGCAUUACAUUUUAUACAGAUAAUUUGGUUAUGAUAAAAGAGAACUGUCUGGGACCAAGGAUGUGGAAGUGUAUCCGAUCAAAAAUAUCAAAAGCAUUAGCAAAACAUAGGUCUUAGAAUUUUAUUGCACCAGUUAAGAUUAAGAUUUAAGGACUAAAGUUCCUUGGAUUAUAUGUUUUGUUAAGAUUGCCACUGUUCUGGUCUCAACAGUAGGGAAAACAAGACUGUAUCUUCAGCCUUUUCCAAUAAUCAUGGGUGAUUUGGUCUCCUUGUUCAAAAGGACUGUGCAUAUUAGUACUCUUACAUGAAGGGCAUCCCCUAAGACUCUGUCAGUGAGCCUUUAGAAAGUGUGCUGUCUUCCCAGAGUUGUGAAUGAUUUUGUUUAGCUCUUAGAGCUACUCCCUCUAAUGACAUUUCCUAGCAAUGUCUCUUGAGUUGCCUGCCUCAAUAUGUUGAAGUGCGUUGCAGUGAAGAAAAUUCCAGACCACUUUUGACACUCAGGCUCUAUUUGUGCCUUAGCUUGCUUAUGAAUAAAAAUUAGGAUUAUGCUACCUACCUCACAGAGGUAUCAUGAGGAUAGCAUUUAGAAAGGGCUUUUGAUGUCUUUGGAUGAAAAAUGCUAGAGGAGUUUGUGUGAUGGGGUGUCUUCAAUUAGUUUUUUAUUUAAUAAUAAUAAAUAUACUGAGAGUGCUACAAGGCCCUCCUCUUGUCCUUGGCACCUUUUGAGUGAUUUUUCUUUUCUUGGGACAAGAGCUGUUAGUGCAAAAUCCCAACCCUGAGGACCUCCUUCUGCUUUGCCCAGAAUUUCUUCUGGCUUACUCCUCCCCCAGAGCUACACUUUAAUGAGAGGCAUCUGUUAGCCAUUUUAAACAUUUCUUCUUGAAUUAAGGUCAAACCAUUAUCAUUUCCAUCUGGGUGUCUUCGUAUUCCUUUUGAUUCCUACAGCCGCCCUCCAUUUCCCUCACUCCAUCAUGUAUAUUGACAGUUUGGGGAAGAAAAAGUAAAAGUUUUCUGUUCUAAUGUGCUCAGAAUUGGUGCUUCCAAGGGUCCCAUUUCCCUAUGCCCAAAUUAUUUCUUCAGUGGAUGUAAAAGAAACAUACUUCUCUUCAUUUAUGUUACAGAAAUCCCCCUAUAGUUGUCUUAACCUCAUCCUAUAUCUUUCCAUAUAAAUAGGAAGGGGCUUUACAUUUCUUAAACACUCUUAUCUUUUGCAUGUAAUGGACACGUUUGCCUUGUGUCAGAAAUCAAAACUGCUUGUUCCCUAUAUAUGCUUAUUUGUUAAGGACUUCCUGUAUGUUCCCUAGGUCAUCAUGUCCAGACAGCCAGUCAGAUGUCUGCUAUUAGUUUUCCUCUCAAACAGUACUCCUUUAACCCUUGAGCCUUGAGCUUUAAAAAUCGGAAAAAUUAGCUUUAUCUUCUCCAGUCAAUUGUUAGGUCAUAUUUAAGGUAUCUUUUCACUAGGAGCAGUUAUAAAAAUAUGUCAGCUUUUCUUUGUUAAAGCUGAACUUAGCUACCUUAAAUUGGCAUCUGCCGUGAAUCAUUUCCUCUAUACAUAAUAGAAGCUGCAAGCUACUUUGCCAUUUGAAAGGAAACAUAUUUAUAUGUACAGUUUCUUGUAGGCAAUAAUUUUGAGAGGAUCUUCCUUUGGAUUCAUACCGGUAUAUUAAUGUUUAGUAACACAAGGAGGAUUCUACAUAUACUGAGAUUCUAGUUCAAUUGAUGUCCUAGGGUAUAAAGGUAGUAUGGAACUGUAUAUCAACUGCAUUUCAUAAGUUAAUUGUGACUAAAGAUAAGAGCUCCUCUGCUCAGUGAAACUAAAUUUGAUAUGAGACCAAGUUCAUGCUUUUAGAACUGUCUCAAGUGUUAUGUCCUGAGAUUGUUUCAAUGUACCUGGAAGGGGAACACAGUGACCUUGAUGUUGAAAUUAUUAAGUUACAUUUAGUAUAUAUCUGCCUUUGUCAAAAGGUUGGGUAGGCUGGAAAACACGUGCCAUUUUCAGGAACAUAUUAGAUGAUAAAGAGGUGACUGUGUGGAGAUGACCACGAGCAUCUGAUGUUAAUUCAAAGCACUACCCAGUCCUUAGGUGCAGCAAACUUGAGUUACACCAAAUGCUAUUUGAAUUGAGGAAGAAACAGUUUACAAAAUAUUAACUAACUUAUGCAAGGCAUAAUAUGAUUUUUAAAACAAGUAUGUUUCUUGCUUCAGCAUAUAUUUGGAUUCUUAACUCAUCUAUGUUCACGUUUCUUGUUAGCAAAAAUGACCUCUUGAAAAAACCUCAGUCUUUAUUGGACUCUGAUGGCUUAGACACUGGGUGGUUCAUAUUUUAAAGAUUUUCUUUUCUUUAAUAUAUAUAUAUCUUAUUUAAUUGGCUGGUGCUCUAUUAUAUUUAUUUUUUCAAAAGAAUCCAUCUACAGUAGUUUGAGACUAUGCAACAGGAUUCUUAGACUGUUUUUGGUAGGAAAAAUGCAUGUAGAUUUUUGAUCAAAUAUCUGAAGUCUAAAAGGAUUAAAAUGUCUCCCAUUUCUGGAGAGGGAUGAGUAUAAUCACUCUAGUAGGAAAACGUGGCUUGCCUAUUUCUACCUGUUUUCUAUUUGCUUAGAUAUUGUUUAAUGGAUUCAAACUAUAGAUAAUGGUUAAUCCUUUCUUUGCAACAGUUGAUAGGAAAGCAAUAAAAUGUAGUUUCAGUAUAAGCUAAAAAUCAGUUUCCCCUGAUACAUUGUCAGUGUAUGUAUGUAGAUAGAGUUUAAAUUGCUUAAGAUGUGAACAGAAGUUAUUAGAAUUUGACAGACUGGAAGGAGAAGGAUUGUAUGAUUCUAGGCACAGUGGAUUGGUUGUAUUAAGGGCCAAAAGGAUUUCAAGACGGCAUAUAAACCUGUAACAUUGGAGUUAGCCAGUGAGUUUCAAUUUUGGUUCUCUUAAGUUAUGGCUAUCAUAAUCAGCAUGCACUAGUGUUUUACCUGUACUGGCACUAAUAUGCCUCAGGGUAUGUAAUUAACUGUUGGUGUGUGAUUGCUUGAGACCAUGAAGGAUAGAGGAGGGUUCUACCUGUAAUCUAGGUCGUAUCGUAAACCCAGAGAGUUUAAGGAUUGCCUAUUAGGCCUAACCAUAUAUACAUAUACAUAUAAUGUAUACAUACACUCAUACAUACGUAUCUGUAUAUAUACACACACAGUAACCUGGUUGGUUUUAAUUCUUUGCAUGUGGUUUCUGUAGCCCAUGUGAAGAGAACUUAGGGCAAUAAAUGAUUCUACCAAAAUAGCCCUUAAACAGAUAAUGUCAAGGUCAUUUUAGAUAUUAGUGGCUCUCUUGGAUAUUAGUUGUUAACUUUGUUUUCUAUGCUUCCAGGAACAGUAUCUUAGAAUCUUUUUUUAUUACAGCAUGCCUUAAAUGUGUAGGGUUCACUGAGUUCAAGAAAAGCAUAGGUAUUCUCUAGAUGAAUUACACUAACAAAAUCGUAACUGCUGAAUGUGAUCUAAUAUUUUUGUUGAACAGUUAAAACUAAUAUAUUUUAUAUGCACAAUCAUAUUUUUUUUGGUAGUAUGUUUUGUUAGUGUAAGCACACAGUCAUUAUAAACUGAGCCAGGACUUUGUCAGACCAGACAGACCUUGUGGGUCAAAAUGUUUAAAUAAAAGCUUAACAUAGGUAAAUGAUUUUAAUUGCUUUUGGGCAAAGGAGACCUAAAAAUGUUUUGAUUGGUCUUAAAAUUUGUUUAUUCAAAAUUCAGAAAGCUUUUAUGCAUAUUUUGCAUUUAAAAGUAUAUUUUGGUCUUUCUGACUUAGGAUCUCUUUUAAAGAGGAUCCCCGCUCUAUGCAUAUACAGCCUAUGAAGAACUCGUAGCAAAACGGUAAUGUUUAUUUCGAAUCACCAGGUUAGGACAGUCUUUUUUGGCCAUUUAUACCUGGCACUUCUCUAAUCACCAAAGUUAACCUACAGAGUAGUAGAAAGUGCAGCGAAUUUUACUGUCAGCUUUCUCUAUGGAGACCUAGACUAAUGCUUCUGAAACUUUAAUGUGCAUAUAUUCAGUCAACUGAGAAUACGUUAAAAUGCAGAUUCUGAUACAGUAGGUCUGGGGUGGAGCCUAGGAUUCUCAGGUUCUAACAAGCUCCUAGGUGAGAUCAAUACUUCUGGUCCCAACACCACACAUAGAGUAAAAGAGCCUAGUCGAUAUUUAGCUUCCAUAUUUUCCCUGUUUGGGGUAAAGGAGACAGAACUAUCAUUUUCAUUCCUUCUGUGGGCCAGGCACUCACACAUUCAUUGUCUCUUUUAAUCCUCCUACAAACCCUGUGAGGCAGGUGGUAAUAGAGAGAGGUUAAGUGACCUGCUGGAGCCCACACACACAUGCAGUGUAGUAUAGAGCAGUGUUUCUCAAACUUGAAUAACACACAUCUCCUUUUAAUAAGGAAUAAUUCUAACUCCUUUUUACUUCAUUUAUUUAUUAUAAUGUUAAGUAUAGAUAAACAUAAAGCUACAUAUAAAUGCCUUAUGCUUACAGCUCUUGCACAGUAUAAAACCAAAGGAAGUUUACAGAUCAGACACAAGCAAAACUAUAAAAUUAAUAAAUUUAAAAUGAUAGUAAUUAAAUAUGAUGGAUGAUGAUGUUUUGCCAGCACAAAACCGUCACUUGUAGUUUGAUUAUGGUACUGAGUGCUGUAGUACAUGUUCUUUUUUUUGGUGAGGAAGAUUGGCCUGAGCUAAUAUCUAUUGCCAAUCUUCUUCUCUUUGCUUGAGGAAGAUUGUCACUGAGCUACCUGUGCCCAUCUUCCUCCACUUUGCAUGUGGGACACUGCCACAGCAUGGCUUUCCAAGUGGUGUAUAGGUCUGCACCCAGCAUCGGAACCCACAAACCCCAGGCCGCCAAAGCAAAGCACAAACCCAACCGCUACACCACUGGGCCAGCCCCUAGCACCGUUCUUUUGAGUUCAGCACGCACCUUCUACGAUGUGCUAUGUGGUGAAUCAAUUCACCCACUGUUUUUCUCUGUUUAGACUAUUACUUGCAUUUGUUUAGCACAUAGUUCUGUUCUUUUGGUCUUCAUCUAGCUUGAAUGCAUCAUUUCCUAUUAAGUCAGCCUCUAUCUCCAUGAACCUCCCACACAACUAAAGCAGAACCUGGCUUUAACAUGCAAGUAAAUACAAAUGCAAACCUAGGCACUGAGACCUUCUGGCAAUAUUUGAUUUUAAGGCAUUUUUCCAGAUAAUUCAGAACAUGAAUAUUGAGUAUUUUAAAAAUUUUCAUCAACAGGAAAAAUGUCUAAUUCUCAUAGUAAACUCAUGGAUCCUCCGCCCUCUGCAAACAUACAAACACACACACUCCCCCACUCCCUUCUCUCCCUCUCUCCACCAGAAUUUCUAAUGGUGGUUAGUAGCGUUGGUACUUCGGCUUCUGACACACUGGCGUUCAGAACUUGGGCAUGCUUCUCAAUCUUUUCUGAACCUCAGUAUUUUCAUGUAUUAAACAAGAGUGAUAAUACUUAGUGAACAAUUAAGAGAAAUAAAUGCAAUAAUGUUCAUAAAGCAUCCGUAGUAUGUGUUUAUAAAUGGUAGCCAUCAUUGCUUUGAUUAGAAAUAACAACUAACAUUUGAGGAUUUAUUAAUGUGCCUUCAACUUUGCCAGCUCUUUAUAUGUGUUAUCUUAUAUAUUUAGUGGUAGAAUCAGGAUUCAAAUCCAAGUCUAACUCCAAAGCUCAUGCUUUUAAUUAAAAUAAUUUAAUAUUGAACAUCAAUGUAAGUUGUUUAUUUAAAAGUUUACUUAAUCUUAAAGUGUAUUUUCUCAAAAAUAUUUAUUGUAAAAUUAAUGAUAUUUCUAUGGAGGGGAAAUGGCUAAGGUACCUUUUAAAAAUUCUUUGAUGUACUAAUAAUCAAAUUGACACAAAAUAAAUAUAAAUUUCUUUUAAAGGCUGUCAUGCCAGGUUGUGGUCAAGUAAAGGGAGAUUAGAACCCUUAGGCUCAACUUGUGCAUUAUUGUUCUCUUGCACAGUUAAGAUCUAAAACUAAGGAUAACAUGAGAUUCUCCUUGAAUCUCAAUACACCUUUUUUGCAGAAAAAGAAUUUUCCCCCACCAGUAUUACCCUGUUAUUCCUUGACAGUUCUGAGAAAUAGUAUGCAAACAUCUUAAUUUCACUUGGGAAACAUUUUAAAAAAUUGUUCUCACUGUCCUUUAAAGUAGUAUCUAGUAAGUUUUCUAUCUUUUCUUAGUUUUUAAAAUAAAUUCUGGAGUUCUAAAAAAUGGUAAGCACACUUGUAGGCUAGGUUUUUUAUUGCUUUGCUUUUUUCUUUAAUUGGGUGAUGGGAGAAAAUAACCAGGAGAGAGUUGUAAAAAGAACUCAGUUAUUUAUUAACAGAGCUAGUAUGUAUCAAAUUCAAAUUCUUUCCCUGCUUUACUAAAACAUAUUUAUACAAAUUAUUAAAGUAGUGGAGACACAUGAAAUGUGAGUCUGCCAUUGAAUUUUGUUAAAGUCUGCUUUAAAAAUAUUUCCCUUUGUGCCAUCUUAUAUAGAAGCAUGAUAAUAAUCUAUGUUGUGGAAAUUAUUGAUUCUUUUUCCCGUCCAGGCUCUUUCCCUCAUCUGCAAAGUCUUUAAGUUCAAUCAAUGCAUGCCUCUCCACACAUGAGGGUUAUCAAGAUAGGAGAUAUGUUUUCUGUGAUACUUCACUGCCUCAUCUCAAAUCACAGCAUAAGAAAAUUGUUCUGGCUUCACGUUAUAGAUAAGGCCCAGUUCUACCUGAUGUUCUCUGUUUUAGCAAUCUGCUAUUUGAUUUGGGUUGUGAGCCGUACUUCAGUUUGUUAUUUUCCUGUUUCUCUUAUUAAAUACAAAUAAGACUGGUUUAUAACUUUUCCUGUACUACUUGAAUGGAAAGGCCUCUGGUCUUUUGCUUCUUUAAAAUUCAAAUUUAUUCUUUAUAAGUAGGUAUAUAAAGCAUUUGACUAUUUCAUUAUGUCUUUUAGUUUAGACAUGUCUGACAUUUUCUUUUUGAAAUGCUUAUAAAUUAUAACAUCAUAUUGAUUUUUUAAAGCAUUGUUUGUAGGUGGGUUAUGUUGUCUAUGAAUUUUAAUUUCUAAUAGUAAAGUAGCUGUUAAAAUUUAUUACGAAAAGGGGCAUUGGUUCUCAAACAGCUGAGAACGACUGAACCCUCCCAUUUUACAGAUGAAAGAAUGCAGCCCCAGGCAGGUUAAGGCAAAUCGUGUGGAUUGUAAACAGUUUGAGAAUGACCUUGCCGUCUAUAGGUAAAGCUCUUGGGUUUAACUAUGUUUGCAUAGCUGCUUGACUUUGACGUUCCAUUCUCUCUUAUGUCCUCUAAAGAAAUUUCUUUUUAAUUUAUUAUUUAUCAUUUACUUUUUAUUUAAAUUGAACUUGCUCAGCCAAGUUCCAGGGGAGGACCAGAGUUCAGGAAUUAGCAGCAGAGAUUAUCAGUCAUCAUUCAAGGACUGUGAAAAUAUUUGGGGGUAGGAGGUAAGUGUUAAACUUAUAGGUUUAAGAUUUUAUUUUUUUACUCAACUAUCCCUUCACUAUCCACCUGUUAAAAAAAAAAAUUCCUCCUUCCAGCAGAGUUGAACAAGAAGGCGGCAUUUAAAACCAUCUUUUUUGGAAAUCAGAUAAUGCUGAGAAAAUGCUGAUCUGAAAAUGAUGAACUUACACCACCUAGAAAACUGCACAGACCCUACCAUGUGCCAAAAGUGUGCAAAACAGGCUAUUAAAAUUGUGGAGGCUCUUUCAGGAGAAACUGAAUUCUUAUCUAUGAGUAUUUUUCUGACAUUUAGUUUUAUAGCAGAGAAAUUCUCUUCUUAACUUGUUCCUGAAUCAAUGAGCAAAAUCAUCCUACAGAGAAACUAUACUUCUUCCACUCAUCCAGUAAAUAUUUACUAAGGUUCUAAACAUUAGUUAAAUGCUAGGUGCUAUAACAAAUAAACUGAACGUGCAUAAUGGCUUAAACACAGACAUUUAUUUCUCACAUAAAGCCUAACCAGAUGCAACUGUUGAGCAAGCAGCUCUUCUCCAAGUCUUGAUUCAGAGAACUAAACUUGAAUUUUGUGGCUCCGCCAUCUUCAACAUGUGGCUUUCAAAAGAUCCGUGUUUUUCUGCUUCAAGCUGUCAGAUGGAGAAGGAAUGUGGAGGACUUGCACACAAGGUUUUUAUUGCUAGAGCUGGAGAUGGCACUGUCAUUUCUAUUCAUAAUCCAUUAUUUAGAACUCAGUCAUUGGCUGCACCUGACUGCAAGGCUAGGAGGCUAGGGACUAUAGUGGGUCCAGGAAGAGAAAGAUAGGAAUUUGGUGCCCAACUUUCUGCAGUAAUCCAGGCAGUCUCCUAUGUGCUAGAAAUAAAGUUGUAAAAGUAUUCCAGCCAAGUAGAAAUAAAUUACUCUGUAAUGAAAGAAAUGCUCCACUAGAGAUAAAUCAAAUGUCAGAAAAGGGCAUUGGCGCGUGAUGACAGCUUGCCUGGAACAAAAUCCCAUGGCAUAGCUUGGGACAUAUCUGUAGACUGAAUCUCCUAGUAUCGAGAACCUCUCUCACCAAAUGUGUAUAUACUCUAAAGCAGACGGAAUACAGGGACAUCUAGAUGUCCUUUACUGGGUCUUGUCAUAUCUUACUACUUAGUCUGUGAAUCAAGAGCAUGACCUGUUAAAAACGCAUACUCUCAGGCUCCACCCCAGAACUGCAGAAUCAGACUCUGCAUUUUUUCUAGGUCUACCAAGUGAUAUGUGUCCACAUUAAGGUUUAAGAAUCACCAUCUGAGAUCACUUGUGAUCCUGACUUCAGCACUUACUAAUAGUGUGAUUUUAGCCAGCUUGCUUAAUCUCUGUCCCUUCACUUCUUCAUCUUUAUAAUGGGGAUGAUUUGAUAUUGGGGUAUCUCUUUAGAGAUAAUGCACACAAAUGUUAAAUAACAUCUGACACUUAGCAUUAGCUGUUUUCAUGUGCUAUUUACUUUAAAAAAUAACUGUAGGGAGAUAGAGCUUUGUGAACUGUAACUAUUUGAGCUCACCCUCUUUCAACCCUUAUUUAUGUCACAUUAAGUACUUUUGGCCCUUUGAAAUGGUGAGAGGGUUUUUUAUUCAUAUUGUUUAGUCUUUGUUCCUCAGAAAUGAGUGAGCACAGAAAAAGUAACUUUUUCCAGAGUUAGCGAAUGAUAAUUGUCCUAGUAAGCCCUAAUAUGAACAGCAGCCAUAAUUUCAAUCAAUGAAUUAAGUAAUAAACUUAAAAGUCUACACAGGAACAGUCUACUAAUUUGCUGAACCUUGAGAGACACUAACGCUUAAUGGGGUUUAAUCAUACAUAUGUGGUAACCCUAGGUUAAUCGAAAUAGGCAAAAUGGGCUAUUUGUGGAUGAAAUAAUUUGUUCAACUAGAAAACAACCUGGUUUUCAGCCUUUUUGGAAAUGUGUUUUAGUCUUAUAAUCUUUGUGCCCCAUUUAGUAAGUAUAGUAUAUGCACAUUAAAGUUAAUUUUCCCUUAGAAAGCGCAUCCAGAUCUUUCAGUGCCUCAGCCUCAAUACUGUUUCUCUUAAUCCUAUGGGGUCAGAGUAGAAAGUUAUCAGAGAGAGGACUGAAUAUGUCCUGCCCUAAUAAUACAAUCUGAGAUUUAAGAGCAUCUUUAAACUCAGUUCCUAAUAUCAGCUUACUUGACUUUUGCCUCUUUCUCUUAAAGUAAAUUAUAAUGUUAAAAUUCCAGUUU